UUCUGAGUUUUGCAAACGCCUCUACCGCGAGAUACGUAAUAUCAAUCGAUUUCCAAAAAAGAGUAAAUAACAUAGGGGUCGAGAAACGCGAAACCGAACAAAGCACGUGGCAUUGCGCAAUUAAUCGAGUUCCGAUUUAUCCAUUCUCGCCCACAUUAUAUGCAUGCAUACACCGCAGCUAUCAUCAUCCAAGUUGUGUGUGUCCGCAGUCGCCCUAAUCCCUACACAUCCAUCCCCUCUCCCCCCCCCCCCUGACAGCCGAAUUCACCCGACGUCGCGCUCGGCCGUUCUCGGUACUCUCGCAAACAAACAAAGCUGCAGAACGUCAUCGCAGGCGCAGGGCAGGAGUUACAGUCGUCCGGAUCUCGUCGAGCGCGUGUGCAUGUGUUGUGUCUUGUUUCGUCCAGUCGCUAACGCGUAUAUACAUGCACGAAAAGUUUUAGUGUUGGUUCUCUCACAGCUGCGCACACUGCCUGUCAAGUCAGUCGUCGUCGAGAUGCGAGCGAGCAACUGACAUACCGCAGAAAUCAAGGGAGGACCAUUGCCCGAUAGGAGAUAGAAGACUCUCUCAGUUUCGAGUCAUCGGCAGCAGUAGCAUCAGAGAGCGCACACGUCUGUAUGCACACAGGCCACCACCGCCACGCACACACAAGGCCAUCGCUCAAGAGAGACAAGCUCGCACUCUUGAAUUCUCCGCCGCUGCGGCGGUAGCUGCAGCAGAGCCAUAGCCCAAGAUCAUCUCGGUGGAAAAAGGUUGAGGGGCGGCAGUAGCCUUCGGAAGGUUUCGGAGAACACAUCGAGAGCCAGAGAACAAGCCGAUAACACAGACACAAACACAUACAGUAAUGGCGGAGUCGAGUAGCGAGGCAGCUUCGUCGAGUGGAAGCGUUGCAGUCGAGUCGACGACGACGACCUCAGGCGCGUGCUCGACGGGCGGCGCCUCGACAGCUGCAGCCAACAUCCGGGACGAGCUCGAAAAGCCCGAGGAGUUCAUGGAGCCGGAACGCAAGAAACGCAAGAUCCCGGCUCUGCAGGCUGCAGGAGCUCUCGGCCAGGAUGGCCUGCCGCUCCCUGGCAAGCCCGAGCAGAAGCUGGAGCACAGGCUCGGAGGUAUCCUCUGCUGCGUCGUUUGCUUCGACCUGCCGCGCGCCGCUGUUUACCAGUGUACCAAUGGCCAUUUGAUGUGCGCCGGCUGCUUCACUCAUGUACUGGCUGACGCCAGGUUGCGAGAUGAACUUGCGACUUGUCCGAAUUGCAGAAUCGAGAUCAGCAAGACAUCUGCAUCUCGAAAUCUCGCUGUGGAAAAGGCAGUUUCAGAGCUACCCUCUGAAUGUCAGUACUGCGCCAAGGAGUUCCCGAGAAAUUCCUUGGAGCGUCAUGAAGAAACCAUGUGCGAAGAAAGAAUAUCAAGCUGCAAAUACAGUAGAAUCGGAUGUCCUUGGCGAGGACCUAAUCACGAACGUCCAGAGCACGAGGCUCACUGUGUUCACCCGCAUCGUACAGGAGCUGAUGUGAUGGAAGCAUUACGUGAUAUUGACGCUAAAAAUUUGGAGGAACGUAAACUCUUUGAUAAUGUGUUUGAUCUCCUUUCAUACGAAAAAAUUACAUUCAAUGAUUUACAAAUGAAGCCGUAUCGCACCGAUGAGUUUGUGCAUAAGCUAUUUUACGAAACUUCACGAUUUACAGCUUUCAACAAUCAGUGGGUUGUUACUGCACGAAUAAAUAACAGCCAACGAGAUCCAACUCAAAGCUCUCAACGUGAUAUGACUUAUCAAUUAAUUCUCAAAACAAAAACUACAUGCCCACUUUCGCUUCAUUAUGUCAUACUCAAAGGACCCUUCGGCGAUAUGAAGGUUCAGCCAAGAAUUCACAGAUUCGAUUUCACUGAUCAAGAUAAUGAAAGUCCUUACUUACCUUUACCUAUCCCAGAUGCAGCUGAAUGCAAUAGACUUCUGGCUGCAAAAGCCAUCAGCUUUCGGCUUAUAAUGUUUUUGGCAUCUAAGUAGCGUGGCACAAAAUGUACUACACCCAAUUUGAGAACCUAAUCACUAUAAAUGAAUCCCUGACGCAUACAUUUCUUUAGGCUUAAUAACGUUAAUGUUUGCAAGUAUGAAUAAAUUAGAAGCUAUCAUUUACGUCAACACGUUUCAAUAUGAAACGGAUAAUAAUGACUAUAGGCUGUAACUUUUGAUUAUCAGAGAAAAUUUUGAAAGAACAUCUAUUUAGAUGGGCGAGAGCCACCAGUUCUUAGUUAAGAAAUGUUGUGCACUACCGGAGGAAAACGAUUAUCAACAUUAAUUCUAUAAAUAUUAUUAUUGAGUAGACAUAAAUAUUUCCGAUUAGGCUAUUAAUAUUAAGCUGUGUUUAAAAAAAAAUUACAGAGUGUACCGGUCUACACCGUUUUCAUUAUAGAGAAUAUACAGUUUUUCGAGUUUUUAUAUAUCUAAACACCAUAUUUAAAUGGAUAUGACAAAAUCAUUGUUUUGUUAAAUAGUUAUAAAUCAAGCGAUGUACUAAUAUCUAUCAAUGUGAAGUUAAAAAUUAAUGGCUAGUUUUGUUUGUUCACGCUUCGAUUCGUGUAAAUAACAUAAAAAGAGAUUUUAUUUUAGCCAGGCUAUGAUCAUCAUUAGAUUAAUCUGAGAAAGAAAAAUUAUUAUAGUAUCAAAUUAGUAUUGUAACUGAAUAUAGAUUUAAAUAAAACAAUUGCCCUGCACAUACAAUCCUCAAA